AUUAUCCAUUCAAAAUCCAUUAUCCGUUCAAUCCUUAUGCAAUAUUGUUGAUCAUUUGUUCAAUCUGUUCAAACUGCGAAUUGUAGAUCAUCCAUUUAAUCUAGAGCUUGAAACUGGUUCUAAUUGGUUUUAA